AAUUUUAAGGAUAAGAUUUUUCCUAAAGGACGAGAGUGGGUUGAGCUUAUUUCAAACCCUAUUACUUUCAGAACUCGAGAUCAAAAAGUCUUUAGUCAUACAGAUUUACCUGUAGUGAAAGAUGAGCUGUCAAUAACAUUGCGGUUGAAACUUGAAAGUCAACCUUCUGACUGGGCUACUAUUUUUCACAAAGGUACUUCCAAUUCAACCCGCACUCCUGGGCUCUGGUUGACACCAUACAAUCCCAAAUUAUAUGCUCGUUUCUCAGGCAACUAUAGUAAUGAUUCAGGAAUGCCAGGACUCGGGGAUGAACUUUCUUUACAAAAAUGGUACCAUAUAGCUUAUACACUUUCCGAUUCGGAAAAAAGGUUAGAUGUCUACAUAAAUGGUGAAUGGCUUGGAUUCUACAGUAUUCAGGAUGUUAAAAAGCAAAGGGUUAUCUUUAAUGAUGGUCCACUGCAUAUCGGCAAAGCUUUCAUUCAUGAAGGGUUUAAUGGUGAAAUUAGUAAUGUUCGUUAUUUCAACUGGCGUUUAUCGGCUGAGGAAGUGAAAGAUUUGGUAGUAAGGAUUAUUAAAAGUUUCAAGUCAUGGACUUCUAAAAAUGCAUAUUAUGAAAUUU